AUGGCGCAUGCGCGCUGUCUAUUCUCCCUCUCAGCCCGAUUUCCCCAAUGGCUCCGCUGAAGAAGCAGCUCCCCACCAAAGGUGGUAAGAAAAAGAAGCAGGUCCUGAAGUUCACCCUGGACUGCACGCACCCAGUAGAGGAUGGCAUUAUGGACGCAGCCAACUUUGAGCAGUUUCUUCAGGAGCGCAUCAAAGUAAACGGCAAAGCUGGAAACCUGGGAGGUGGAGUUGUAGCCAUCGAGAGGAGCAAGAGUAAGAUCACGGUAUCUUCUGAGGUUCCCUUCUCCAAGAGAUACCUGAAAUAUCUCACCAAGAAGUAUUUGAAGAAGAACAACCUUAGAGACUGGCUCCGUGUUGUGGCUAACACGAAGGAGAGCUACGAACUCCGCUACUUCCAGAUCAACCAGGAUGAGGAGGAAGAAGACGAGGAUUAAACUGUUCAUCUUUUUGUAUGUUUCAAUAAAUUCAUUUAAUACUACACUUUUCAA